AUGCCCCGAACACUUGGUCUGGCCGCUGUGGCCGCCCUGGCUGUUGAGGCUACCUCGUACGCCCCUCGCAGUAACGAUGGCCCUGUACCUUGGACACCUAUUGCCUCUGCUCCGAUUCCCUCUGGCUUGCCACUCUCAGUACCUGUUCCAGUCUCGCCCCCCCGCUAUGUCAUGUACUUUGACCAGUAUCACACGGCCGGCUUACCCGAGAAAUCCAUCGUCGACGGCGUCACUCACGUCAUCACGGCCUUUACCAACUCAUCCCUAUUUGCGUCCGAGCCGGCGGGCGAGUAUAAGCCAUUCAAGCCUCUAGAUGAGAUUCGGGAUCUCUUCAAUAACGGCACCAAGGUCUGCAUGUCCAUUGGUGGCUGGGGUGAUACGGAUGGCCUCAGCCAUGGUGCUUCGACCAACUCGAGCCGCAGCAAGUUCGCCAGAAAUGUUGCCGAUGCUGCGGUCAGCCUUGGAUACGACUGUGUCGACAUUGAUUGGGAGUACCCUGGCGGCAAUGGAGCCGACUACAGGCAGAUCCCAAACGCCAACAAAACCCAGGAGAUCCAUACAUUCCCUCUACUUCUUUCUGCAAUCAAGACUCAGCUAAAACACCACAAUAUGGAACUCUCCGUUACCGCGCCGGGUCUCAAGCGUGACAUGAUUGCAUUCACCAGGAAAGAAGUUCCUAAGAUCAACGCGGCCGUCGACCACUUCACUGUCAUGACCUACGAUCUGAUGAACCGUCGCGACAACAUCACUAAGCACCAUACCGACGUACAAGGUUCCCUCGAGGCCAUUGACACCUACAUUGCGCUUGGCGUUGAGCCUGCCAAGAUCAAUCUCGGCUUCGCCUUGUACGCGAAAUGGUUCACCACUGCCGUCGGCUACAACUGCACUCAGGGGAUCGGAUGUCCCACCCAACUGCUUGAGGCUGCUGAUGGGUCCGACACUGGGAAAUCUGGAGCUGUCACAUUCGAGGCUUCCAAUUUUCUGGCCUCUCCUACCAACUUGACCACUUCUCCUGAUGACUCCUGUGGCGCUGGAACUUUCUACAAGUGCCCCACUGGCAAUUGCUGCAGCCAGUACGGCUUCUGUGGUGUAACCGAGGCUCAUUGUGGCAAUGGGUGUCAAUCCGACUAUGGUGUCUGCAACGGUACCUCUACUCUGGAGUCUUUCAAGGCUGCUCUUGCAAACGGCAAGACCGACGAGAUCAGAGGUGGCCAGUGGUAUUGGGAUCCCGCCGGUCCUUUCUUCUGGACGUGGGAAACCCCAGCUCUUGUCGCCCGCAAGUUCAAUGAUAUCGUCAAGGCUCGUGGCAUCGGUGGUGUUUCGGUUUGGAGUUUGGGUGAAGACUCAUACGACUUCGCUCUUCUGAAGGCGAUCCAGACCGGUGUCAAGGACAGACUCAUGAAGUAA